AUGCUUCCAUGUCCGUCGUUCUCUACCACAACUCCAAGGUUUGACAUGGACACCUAUCUGGGUCGUACUUUUUACUUUUUUUCCACCAUCAACCCACUGUUGUGCUUUGAGACGUCAAACUCAUUGAAGCGCCAUCAGGAGCUGCUCAAUCGUGUGGCAGCGGGAGAGGAAGGGGUUGCAAGCGACAGACAACUGUGGAAAGCACGCACUGCAAUAGAAAUAUGCGUGCAUCCCACCACUAAGGAAGUUAUAUUUCCACCUUACAGGAUGUGUGCUUUCCUUCCUGUGAAUAGUUUUAUCGUACCCUUCAUGAUGUCACCGACGACCAUUGCAAGCCCUGCGCUCACAAUAUUCAUUCAGUGGUUUAACCAGAGCUAUAACUGCGCGGUGAAUUAUGCAAAUCGCUCCUCCGAUAAGCAACCGAUGUCGGAACUAUCUAAGGCGUACGUCGCCGCUGUUGGUGUUUCCUGCGCCGGAGCACUAGGUGCUACAGCAAUGCUGAAGAAAGUAAAAGGUGGCACAUUGAAAGCCACAGCUGUUCGUGCGGGGUUACCUUUCGUGGCGGUAUCUGCGGCGGCAAUUGUGAAUCUUUCUCUAAUGCGUAAGAAUGAGUGGAUUCCAUCAGGCACUGGCCUACAAGUUGUUGACGAGGAUGGUGAGGUGCGGGGCAGCAGUCGUGUUGCCGGCAUGCAAAGUCUCAUGAUGUGUUCCGUCACGCGUGUUACAUGGAACCUUAUUUCCAUGGUGUUGCCGCUUUUGAUGAUGCGACCACUCCUUGCCCGCUGUGCAGCUGUUCGGGCUCGACCUGUUGUGUAUGAAACAGCACUGCAGAUUGCCAGCCUCGGCGUCGGUGUUCCGCUUGCAUUGGGUGCAUUUAGCACAACAGUGAGUGUACCUGCGAAUCGGUUGGAGCCGGAACUUCGUGGGUUGAAGCGAAAGGACGGCUCGCCUGUUGAAAUAUUCACGUAUUACAAGGGUUUGUAG